AUGUCGGGUGAAUCUGACCCAGAAAAUACACCACGUCCUCAGCGCAUACGCAAGCGUCUUAGUGAUGUCCACGAUGUCAGCUUUGCAGACUCACCGCCGCGUCAACAAAGGUCGAGCAUUAACGACGACAACGCCGAAAAAAGGAGACGUCGAAAGAGCACCAAGAUUGCCAUUAUAGAGCAGCCAGGACCCUCAGAAACUAUGGAUAACAGGGACGCAGCUGAGACAUCGCGUACUGCCAAGCAGAAACUACCUCUAAACUCGGUGGCAGCGCCAGUCGUAGAGCCCCCAAGACUGGAAAUCCUUAGUUCAAAUUUCGACGAGUGGAUGAAGAUGGCCACCGACAAUAAAAUCAACGCCGGCAACUCAUGGAACUUCGCGCUCAUUGACUAUUUCCAUGACAUGUCCCUUCUCCGCAACGACGACGGGAAUACGAUCAACUUCCAGCGCGCCUCUUGUACAUUAGAUGGCUGCGUCAAAAUCUGGACAAGUCGCGUCGACAGUGUUACAACAGAGACGGGAAGGUUGCUCAGCAACCUCGCUAAUGAUGGCAAAGAUGAAGAAGACGACGAAGGAAACGGCUCAGAUAAUCCAGACGAGGAGGGAACGGCUGUCAAGAAGAAAAAGUCCCAUCGCCCAGCUGCUACUCUCGCCAAAGAUCCAGCUCAGUUGAGGAGCAAGAAGCUUGAACUCGAGUUUAGCGUCGACCCUUUAUUCAAGAAGACAAGCGCGGAUUUCGAUGAGGGCGGUGCCCAGGGCUUACUAAUGAACCAUCUCAGUCUCGGUACAGGCAAAGGAGGGUGCUUACGAAUUAUUUUCGACGCCAGUGACUCGGCCGCGCGAGCGGAAGGCGAAGAAGAGGAAGAUAUGAAUGAACCGGAAGAAUCCAUUGAUCUCUCAGAACUACGUCAAUUUAUACCUGAUCUGACUGUGUUGGACGACAAAGAAAUAGCACAUUCCCUGGCGGACUUUUCUUUCUCCAAGCCAUUUGUUUCCGAGGAAGCGACAUUUUUCCAAGAUAACACCCAGCCUUUUGACGAUGAUGACGACGAGCCUCUUCCUGCCGAGUUUCAGAUGGAUGUGGACGGUGAAGAUCCACCACCAGUUCAAGAUUUCUUCAUGGCAGACGAUGGUCCUCACGACGACUUCGGUGGAGACAUGAUGGGUGGAGAUGAUUUCGCGGGUGAACACACCUCAAAUGGUUCUGGGUUAAUGGCGGAACAGGGGCCUUCUGGUUCUGGCACUGUCCCCUUCGAUCCUCGCAGACCAACAAAUGACCUCGUAAUGGCCAUGACAGACGGAGACCACGAGGGAGGGAUGAUGGACUAUUUCGACAAAAACUUUUCCAAAAACUGGGCAGGGCCAGAGCAUUGGAAAAUGCGAAGGGUCGUUAUCCGGAAGCCGGAGGGCGCCGAUGGGAAGCAAGGGACAAAGCCUCGUCGGGAGAAGAAAGAUCCGUUCAAAGUCGAUUUCAUGACACCGAAUGAGAAGAGCCUCAAGGAACUAACGAAAGAGCUUUUCGCCCCAGUCACCAAAGGCGCAGGUAUCAAUUUACCUGGCACUGGCCCAACUGCACGCAAGAGUAAGAAGAAAGGUAAAGAGAAGAAGGACGAUCACUGUUUGCCCGACGAUAUGCAUUUCAGCAGUCGACAACUUGUAUCGCUAUUCCUCAAGCCCAAGUUCCGGCUCAAAAUGCGUGGCCGCAAUGUCAAGUACAACGAAGAUGGCGAUGGUGAGGUGGACGAGAACUUCUGGGCUCAAGCAGCAGCAGACCAAGCCGCUGGCCGUCAAGCUGGCGAUGAUGAACCUGGUGGGGAAGUGAUGCCCUUCAAUACCCAAUUCUUCCACGAUGACUACGACGAUGGACCUGGGUUUGAUGAUGGAUUUGACGACGGAGAUGCUCUCGCUCCCCCGGAAGCAGACACAGACGAGCAGGAUUUGCUUGCUGCAACCCAGGGCAAAACACGCAGAGUCCGGCCUGACUUUGUCAAUUAUGCAAAGCGCGCCAAGAGAGUGGAUGUGCGAAAGCUCAAGGACAAUAUUUGGCGCGGAUUGGACAUUGUCAUCGCGAAGCCAAAAGAGGAUGCAGAAGAGGACAAUAUGGUCAUCGACGACACCACGGACGAUUCACCGCCACCAACUGAUCCGUCUGAGGCUCGUGUUUUCAGCUCCGUCAUUUCUGGCCUACAAAAAUCAUACCCACGAGAAAGAAUGGAGGAAAUCAGCACCAGUUUCUGUUUCAUCUGCUUGCUGCAUCUUGCCAACGAGCAAGGACUCAAACUCGAUUCUGGCAUGGGUGAACUUCCUCCGAGCGAUGCGGUUUUGGACAAGAAAAUAGGAAAUAUUUGGGACCUCAAGAUUUUCCGGGACCCUGAUGCGACGCAGUCGGCGUGA